AUGGCGGACGCGACGCCGCCGCCGCCGCCGCGCGCCGAGCCGAAGCCCGACGCGGGGCCUGAAAAAGCCCAAGCGGGCAAGGAUAAGAAAGCCGCGAAAGAACUCAAGCGCGAGCGCCGUGCGGCCGCGCGCGCGCAGCAGGACGGCGACAAGCCCCCGGCGCCCAGCGCCCCCCCUAAAGGCGCCGAGCGGAAAGCGGCGCCGCCCAAAGGCAAGCAGGGCGAUGCGCCUGCCAAGGCCGCGAAUGCGCCUGCGCCCGCCCAGGCGUCGCUCGACGAGGACCUGUCGAACGUCGGUGUGCUCGGCGAUGCGUCGCUCUUUGGCAACGUGACGCUUCCGCGGAGUGCUCGGCUGAACGCCUCGAGCUGGAGCACGGCGAGUGCGCGAUCUGCGAUCCACCCUGCGGUGCUUUCGCUGUGCCACCAGCUCUCUACGUUUGCGGUGCGUGGCGCAAACAAGCGUGCGAUUGCCGUGCUCCGUGCGCUGGGCGAGGUGAUUGCCGACUACCGCACGCCGCGCGGCGCCGUGCUGAACCGCGAUCUGCUGACGCGUGUCUCGCAGCAGGUCGGCCACAUUGUCGAGUCGCGUCCGAUGAAUACCAGCACGGGCCACGCGGUGCGUUUCCUCAAGUACGAGAUCAGUGUCGUGGACGCGAAUCUGCGCGAGGACGAGGCGAAAGCGCACCUGCUCGAGCGCAUCGAUCACUUUAUCCGCGACCGUAUCAUCUAUGCGGCCAAGGUCAUCCAGUCGCACGCCGCCGGCAAGAUCCAUGACGGGGACGUCGUGCUGACCUAUGCGCACUCGAGCGUGAUUGAAGGCACGCUCCUCCAGGCCCACCACCAAGGCACCAAGUUCGAGGUGGUGGUGAUCGACUCGCGCCCCCUCUUUGAAGGGCGGCAGCUGGCCGAGCGCCUGCUCGAGGCCGGCAUCCCCACGACGUACGGCGUGCUCUCGUCGCUCUCGACGCUCCUCCCCCGUGCCUCGCUCGUGCUGCUCGGCACCGCGUCGCUCCUGUCGAACGGCGCGCCGUACGCGCGCGCCGGCACGGCGAUGGUCGCCAUGAUGGCGCACGGCUACCAUAUCCCCGUGAUCAUCUGCUGCGAGACGUACAAGUUCAGCGACCGCAUCCAGCUCGACAGCUUUGUGGUGAACGAGGCGGGAAACUGCUCCGACCUCCUCUCCCACGAGGACAAGGAGUGCAAAACGCAGAGCAAGCUGCUCACGCCGAGCGAGUGCAGCGCGCAGUCAAGGCUCAAGGUCGUGCAGCUGAUGUACGACGUGACGCCGCCGCGAGUGUCGGUGUGA